GUUCCCGCCUUUCCUUAGUUUAUAUAAUUGAAAAGCUUGUAGUUCCUAUCCAUUUCAUUUUUCAUAAAUAUUAUAAAUAUUACGAAAAGAAACAUGAGUAAAAUAAGUCGUAAGCCGUUUUCAGCGCCUAAAGGUGCAGUCAAGAAGGCUAAAUUAAGAAAUGAAGAUGAAGAGUCACCAGAAUUAACCACUAUGGAUUAUGGAGAUGAUGAUUUUCCAGAUGAUUUUCCAGAUGAAACAUUAAUAAUUGGAGAAGGACCUGAACAAGAAAAUACAUCUGCAAAAUGGAGCAGACCUUCGCCACCACCUUUGAAUCCACAAAUUGAUACAUUAGCAUUUCAGCAAAUAGAAAUUGACCAUUAUAUAGGUAAACCUUUACCUGGAAUGCCGGGUAGCAAAGUGGGACCUGUACCCAUAAUGAGAAUGUUUGGUGUGACAGAACGUGGAAAUUCCAUUUGUUGUCAUGUUCAUGGCUUUUGUCCCUAUUUAUUUGUAUCAGCACCACCAAAUUUUACAAACAACCACUGCAAGCCAUUUAAGGAGGCUCUAAAUCAAGCUGUGAAAAAAGAUAUGAAGUCAAAUCCUGAUAACAUACAAGAAGCCAUCUUAGCAGUUGAAUUAGUCUACAAACAAUCAAUAUAUGGAUACGGAGGAAAUGAUAAAUUACCAUUUUUGAAAAUUACAGUGGCAGUUCCAAAAUUGAUAGCACCUUGCAAAAGAUUACUAGAACAGGAUACAGUAUAUACUAUAUUUAAUUAUCACUAUAGAGCUUUUGAAAGUAACAUUGAUUUUGAUAUUAGGUUUAUGGUUGAUACAUCAGUGGUUGGCUGCUCUUGGAUUGAAUUAUCACCCAAAAGUUGGAAAUUACGUGGCCAAUAUGGGCAUAUGUUAGAGCUAACUACACGAUGUCAGUUGGAAGUAGAUGUUGCAUGGGAUAACUUUAUAGCUCAUGCACCAGAAGGUGAAUGGUCAAAACUAGCUCCAUUUAGGAUUCUUAGUUUUGAUAUCGAAUGUGCUGGACGUGAAGGUAUUUUUCCAGAAGCAAAACAUGAUCCAGUGAUACAAAUUGCGAAUAUGGUUAUAAAGCAGGGUGAAUCUGAACCAUUUUUAAAAAAUAUUUUUACUCUUAAUACUUGUGCACCUAUUGUUGGUUGUCAAGUAUUGAGUUUUGACAAAGAAAAUUUAAUGUUGGAGAAAUGGGCUGACUUUGUACGACAAUUAGAUCCUGACAUUUUCACAGGAUAUAACAUAAACAAUUUUGAUUUCCCAUAUUUAAUUAAUCGUGCGCAACAUCUCAAUGUUAAAAAUUUCAAUUUUCUUGGUCGAAUAAAGAAUAUAAAGUCUGUUAUCAAGGAUCGUGUAUUGCAAAGCAAACAGCUGGGUCGUCGUGAGAACAAAUCGAUCAAUUUUGAAGGAAGAGUUCCAUUUGAUUUGUUAUUGGUAUUGGUCCGAGAUUAUAAACUGAGAUCUUAUUCUCUAAAUGCUGUAUCGUAUCAUUUUCUUCAAGAACAAAAAGAAGAUGUUCAUUAUAAAGAUAUUACGAGUUUACAAAACGGAAAUUCACAGACACGUCGACGUCUUGCUGUAUAUUGUUUGAAAGAUGCAUAUUUGCCUCUCAGAUUAUUAGACAAACUAAUGUGUAUAAUUAUUUAUAUGGAAAUGGCAAGAGUCACAGGAGUAUCUAUUUCUAGCUUAUUGACCCGCGGACAACAAAUCAAAGUUGUUUCACAACUGUUACGCAAGACUCGAGAGAAGGAUUAUUUAAUACCAGUACAUCAAGGCCAAGUUGUUGAUGAGCAAUUUGAAGGAGCUACUGUUAUUGAACCUAAACGUGGCUAUUACAACAGUCCAAUAGCUACUUUAGAUUUCAGUUCUUUGUACCCUAGCAUUAUUAUGGCACACAAUUUAUGUUAUACAACAUUAUUAACUCUUGCUAAAAAGAGAGAGCUUAAUAUUCAGGAGGAUCAAGUCACUGUAACUCCUAGUAAUUCAUUAUUCAUAAAGAGUACUGUAAGAAAAGGAAUUCUACCUGAAAUUUUGGAAAAUUUAUUGGCGGCUAGAAAAAAAGCAAAAGCGGAAUUAAAACAAGAAACGGAUCCAUUGAAGCAAAAAGUACUCGAUGGUAGACAAUAUGCUUUAAAAGUAUCAGCAAAUUCGGUGUAUGGUUUCACGGGUGCACAAAUGGGAAAACUGCCAUGUUUAGAAAUAUCUGCUAGCGUUACCGCUUAUGGACGAACUAUGAUAGAACAAACGAAGCAAGAGGUGGAGAAUCACUUUCGAAUAGAAAAUGGAUACAAAAACGAUGCAGUGGUCAUAUAUGGCGACACUGAUUCCGUUAUGGUAAAAUUUGGCGUGGAAUCUAUAGAGGAUGCAAUGGAACUCGGUAGAAAAGCGGCCGACUAUGUAACAUCCAAAUUUAUCAAACCUAUAAAACUGGAAUUUGAAAAAGUAUAUUUCCCGUAUCUUUUGAUUAACAAGAAACGUUAUGCUGGCCUUUACUUUACAAAACCCGAUAAAUACGAUAAAAUGGAUUGUAAAGGUCUUGAAACAGUGCGCAGAGAUAACUGUCCAUUAGUCGCGAAUAUGAUGAAUACCUGUUUGCAAAUAUUGCUUAUUGAAAGAAAUCCACAUGCCGCUGUCGAUUAUGCUAAACAAAUCAUAAGUGAUCUCCUAUGUAAUCGAAUCGAUCUUUCUCAAUUAGUCAUUACGAAAGAACUGACAAAGACAGAUUAUGCAGCGAAGCAAGCGCACGUCGAAUUAGCGGCAAAAAUGAAGAAACGAGAUGCCGGAAAUGCGCCAAAACUUGGCGACAGAGUGGCAUAUGUAUUUACAAGCGCAGCUAAAGGUACUCCAGCAUAUCAAAAGGCGGAAGAUCCUGUUUACGCGUUGGAGAAUAGUAUCCCGAUAGACACAAAUUAUUAUCUAGAAAAUCAAUUAGCGAAACCUCUUGUACGUAUCUUCGAACCCAUUCUUGGUGAGAAGGCAGAGUCACUUCUUCUAAAAGGUGAUCAUACGCGCACAAGAUGCAUUGCAACUUCACAAGUUGGAGCUCUCGCGGCUUUCACACGUAAAAAAGAGACUUGUUUGGGUUGUAAAGCUGUUUUACCGCCGGACAGAGAAGACAAGGCAGUAUGCAAGCAUUGCGAAUCUCAAGAGGCUGAAUUAUUUCACAAUGAAUUGCAAGCCCAACAGAAAUUAGAAGAGAAGUUUUCUAGACUGUGGACAGAAUGCCAAAGAUGUCAAGGAAGUCUCCAUCAAGAAGUUAUAUGUUCCAAUCGUGACUGUCCAAUAUUUUACAUGAGAGUAAAAUCUCGAAUGGAUAUGGCUGCGAAAGCGAAACGAAUCCAAAGGUUUGGUAUUCCGGAAUGGUAAAAAAAAAAUAAUUGCAACUUAUAGUGCGUUUGACAACCAGUCCAUUGCUUGAUCGAGCCCUUCACCUUUCGUCGCGGAAGUCUUAAAUAUUUGAAAGGUUCUAUUUUUAAGAGCAUCCAAUCCGAGUGCUUGAUGGACCUCUGCAACACUAAGGCAUCCUGCCAUAUCCUGUUUGUUUGCUAAUACCACCAAGAUUGCACCUUGUAAUUCUUCC